CGGAGGCUUUUCCUGGUGACAGUGCCCGGGCGCCGAGGCUAUGGGCAGUGAGGAGGUCCUGGGCCAGGCAGCCCGGCUGGCCUCCUCCGGUUUGCUCCUGCAGGUGUUGUUUCGGUUGAUCACCUUUGUCUUGAACGCAUUUAUUCUCCGCUUCCUGUCGAAGGAGGUCCUUGGCAUAGUGAAUGUAAGGCUGACACUGCUUUACUCGACCACCAUCUUCCUGGCCAGAGAGGCCUUCCGUAGAGCAUGUCUGAGUGGGAGCACCCAGCGAGACUGGAGCCAGACCAUCAACCUCUUGUGGCUAACAGUCCCUCUGGGUGUGUUUUGGUCCUUGUUCCUGGGCUGGGUCUGGCUACGGUUGCUUGAAGUGCCUGACCCUAAUGUUGUCCCCCACUACGGAGCAGGAGUGGUGUUAUUUGGUCUCUCAGCUGUGGUGGAACUUCUGGGAGAACCCUUCUGGGUCUUGGCACAAGCACAUAUGUUUGUCAAGCUCAAGGUGAUCGCUGAGAGCCUGUCGGUGAUCCUCAAGAGUGUGUUGACAGCUUUCCUUGUGCUCUGGCUGCCUCACUGGGGCCUGUACAUUUUCUCUCUGGCCCAGGUUUUUUAUACUGCAGUUCUGGUGCUCUGCUAUGUUACAUAUUUCAAAAAGUUACUGUGUUUCCCAAAAUCAACCAAGCAACAAACUCUUCCUGUCUCCAGAAUGACAGAUCUGUUACCCAAUAUUCUGAGAAAUAGAGCUUUUGUAAAUUGGAAAGAGGCUAAAUUGACUUGGAGUUUUUUCAAACAGUCUUUCUUGAAACAGAUUUUGACAGAAGGGGAGCGGUAUGUGAUGACAUUUUUGAACGUUUUAAAUUUUGGCGAUCAGGGUAUAUAUGAUAUCGUGAAUAAUCUUGGCUCCCUUGUGGCCAGAUUAAUUUUCCAGCCGAUAGAGGAAAGUUUUUAUAUAUUCUUCGCUAAGGUGCUUGAGAGAGAAAAGGACGCCACACUUCAGAAGCAGGAGGACGUUGCUGUGGCCGCUGCGGUUUUGGAGUCCCUGCUCAAGCUGGCCCUGCUGGCUGGCCUGACCAUCACCGUUUUUGGCUUUGCCUACUCUCAGCUGGCUUUGGAUAUCUAUGGAGGAGCCAUGCUGAGCUCAGGAUCAGGUCCUGUUCUGCUGCGUUCCUAUUGUCUCUAUGUCCUCCUGCUGGCUGUCAAUGGGGUAACUGAGUGCUUCACAUUUGCUGCCAUGAGCAAAGAACAAGUCGACAGGUACAAUUUCACAAUGUUGGCCCUGUCAUUUUCAUUCCUGGUGUUAUCCUAUCUCCUGACCCAUUGGUGUGGCAGUGUGGGCUUCAUCUUGGCCAACUGCUUUAACAUGGGCAUUCGGAUCACACAGUGCCUUUGCUUCAUCCACCGCUACUACCGUGAGAGCCCCUACAGGCCUCUGGCUGGCCUGCAGCUGUCGCCGGUCCUCCUGGGAGCAUUUGCCCUCAGUGGUGGGAUUACUGGUAUUUCAGAGGUGUUCUUCUGCUGUGAGCAAGGCUGGCUGGCCAGGCUGGUGCACGUGGCUGUGGGGGCCUUCUGUUUGGGAGCGACUCUCGGGACAGUCUUCUUCACCGAGACCAAGCUAAUUCACUUUCUUAGGACUCAGUUAGGCAUGUCCAGACUUUCUGGCAAAAUGACGUGACCUGAGGGAUUCACUGAUGCCUGUGCACCUGGACUAGCUGUGGGCAGAACACAUUUCCUGGGCAGAAGAGCCCUGCAGAGGAUUGAGACCAACCCCGGAAGGUGGGGCAUUGGAGAGAACCGCUGGGCCAAACAUUUGCUGUCCAUUUACAUCUGUGUCGGGAAGGGGAAGUUCCAUUUUUAGGGGAAGACCAAAAGCUCUUUUAAAAUACAUACAGUUAUUUUUUUCA